AUGCACGCUCUGGUGAACGCCUUCAUGCGUUGCCUCUCCUUCCUGCUGCCCCCCUCCUGGCUGUGUGUCAGCCUGUGCUUGUGGGCCAGUGAGUGCGAACAGACGCCGCCACGUGAGUGCGAACAGACGCCGCCACGGUCCAAUCCCAGAGCUCGCUUCCGAGCUACAAAGCCUCUUACAUAUGAGGAAGUAGUCGCAGUAGCCGCGGCUGUACACGGUGGUGGUGGUGCUGCUGCUGCCUCCUCCUCACCUUGCAGCCCUUCGGCCUCUCCAGCUCCAGGCUGCGUCUCGCCGGCUCCGCAGGCCGCUCCGUCGGACGCUCGGAUCUGUGUCGGUCUCGCGUGGCAAGCCGUGGAGCGCGUCUUGGGAGCUCCGUGGGUCCUCCUCGGCUAUAGUAGCAGUCGAUCGGCGUCACGUCCCGCCUGCCUCCUUGACUCGAGCUCGACUUCUGGAGGCGCCUUCACCGACCCGGGGGCGAACAUGAGCGCGGCCGCGGGGAUCCCCACCCCGAGCCUGAGCCCCAGUCUCAGCCUCAGCCCGUGCUCCCCCGACUCGUCCGAAGAGGUCAUCACCGUGGACCACCAGCUCUCUCAGGAGAUGGGUACGGUGACCAUCACGGUGGCCAUCCAGGCGGCAGAGGACGAGGAGCCCGAGGAAUUCUCGCCCGGGCAUGUCGACUUUAUCGGCGGCAGCUGCAGCGAGGACGAAUUCGGGAAACACGACAAGUCGAGUGGUGCCGGGACCAGCGGCGGGGAGCUGGAGGAAGAGAGCUGGCAGCCCCCUGACCCAGAGCUCAUCCACAAGCUGGUGACCCAGAUUGAGUACUAUCUGUCGGACGAAAACCUGGAGCAUGACGCCUUCCUUCUCAAGCACGUGCGACGCAACAAGCUGGGCUUUGUCAGUGUCAAGUUGUUGACCUCCUUCAAAAAGGUGAAACACUUGACUCGCGACUGGAGAACGACUGCUUUCGCCCUGAGACAAUCCAACCUCCUGGAGCUCAACGACGAGGGCCGGAAGGUGCGGCGUAAAUCGGCCGUGCCGGUCUUCGCCAGCGAAUCGCUGCCCAGCCGCAUGCUGCUGCUGAGCGAGCUGCAUCGCUGGCCCGAGCUGGCCCAGCUCACGGAGAACGGAGGCGGGGGCGGCGAGAGCGGAGCCGCUCAGCAGGAGCAGCUGAUGAAGCUGCUGCUCAAAGCCUUCGGGACAUACGGCGCCAUCGCGUCAGUCCGCGUCCUCAAACCCGGCAAGGACCUGCCGGCCGACCUGAAGAGGCUGAGCGGCCGCUACGCCCAGCUGGGCACCGAGGAGUGCGCCAUUGUGGAGUUCGAGGAGGUGGAGGCGGCCGUCAAAGCCAACGAGGCCGUGGGUGGCGCGGAUGGCGGCAGCGGCUCGCCGGGCUUGAAGGUGGUCCUGAUUGGCACCAAACCCCCCAAAAAGAAAGUCCAGAAGGAGCGGCCCAGCGAGGACGCACCCCCCACAGGGAUGCGCAAAAGCCGCUCGCUCAACAGCCGAGUCCGAGAGCUACAAUACCACGCGGACGACUCUGCCUGCAGUUCCUCGGACACGGAGAGCACGCCCACGUCGCCCCGGCCGGCCCGCAAGUCCCAGUCCUGCAACAAGCUCAGCCCCACGGCCGCAGGUGUUGCCUUCCAGAACAAUCACCUGUCACCCCGCAACAGUCCGUGGUCCAGCCCCCGUGCCAGUCCCUGCCUCCAGCGCAAAUCGGCCCACUCCCACAAAUCGCCCUUAGCCAGCCAGGGCCGACUCAGCCCCGAACCCGGGCGCCGCUGGGCCGAUUACUCGUCCGACAGCAGCCUGACGCCGUCGGGCAGCCCGUGGGUGCAAAGGCGCAAGCAGGUGGCUUCACAGGAGAGCAGUCCGGUGGGGAGCCCGAUGCUGGGCCGCAAGAUCCAGAAUGCGGACGGCCUGCCCCCGGGCGUCACCAGGCUCCCGCGGGGCCCCGACGGAACCCGCGGGUUCCACUGCGGGCCGCUCGCCGAGAGAGGCAAGAGUGCCGCCACCCAGACUUGACGUGUAAAAUGCAUCCUGCUCGUGCCUAACCUGAGCGGCCCCCUCGCCUCUUAUUUGACACUGUAGAUCUAUUUUUCUUUUUUUUUGUUUGUUGAGUGGCUUGUUCUAUUUUUAUACAAAAUGUUGUGUUGACUUGGUGACAUUAGUUCUUUGCUAAUGGAAAUUUGAGUGGAUUUAAGUUGUUGUUGCUUCAAGAGAACUUCCCCUACAUCCAUCUAAAAAAA